GUUCGAUCUUGGAUCUUUCAUCACAGACACCUGUCUCAGUCUGUCUAGUUUUGUGUUGUUUUGGGUUUUACUUCAGAUUUUGUUUGAAAAUCGGGAAAAAGUGAAAAGUAAAAUUCGAGGUUUUUGUUUGAAAUCAUGUCUUUGAGAUACUUUGGGUUUUUGAGGCGCCACUGUUGCACGAUGAUGCGUCAGAACUUCUCCAAGAUCUGCGAAAAGAAACUAAACGAACAGAUCAACCUGGAGCUCAAGGCCUGUCACCAAUACCUAGCCAUGGCCUAUCAUUUCGACCGAGCCGACAUGAGUUCGCCCGGCAUGUUUAAGUUCUUCCUUCAGGCCAGUGUCGAGGAGCGGAACCAUGCCGAGAUGAUUAUGAAGUAUAUGAACAAGCGUGGCGGUGCCAUUAUUUUGAAGAGUGUACCCGAGCCCCUGCCCGGCUUCCCCAGUUCCCUCGACGCCCUCAAGCACGCCCUGGGUAUGGAGAUGGAAGUGAAUCAGCACCUCCUGGACCUCCACACCCUGGCCGGGAAGGAAGCCGACCCGAAUCUGUGCGACUUUAUUGAGACGAACUUCCUGCAGGAACAGGUCGAUGGCCAGAAGGUAUUGGCCGACUAUAUAAGGCAGCUGGAACGGGCUAGGAACGAGGUCGGGGACUAUCUGUUCGAUAAGUACCUGGGUGUCACCUCCGGCAUGCACGGCGACAAGUGACACUCGCGACUCUUUGCGUCUUUUUUCCAAAAUUUUUUGUCGUUAAUAAAUAUAUGCAAGAUUGAAA